AUGCUCGGUCUCACAGGAAGAAGGACUGCUCUGGCGAGGCCCAAGUGCCUCUCGCCCUGUAAAUCACCUGCUCGUGCAGCGCUGGUGCCAGCAACACAGGGAAACAGCGCUCGUUCUCGGGAGUUCCGCUCCACGCCCGCACCCGCCGCGUUCCGACCGACAUGGAUGCCGAUGCGCGUGAAGACGCCAUGGAUUGAUGCCCUGACGCAGAGCCGUGAGGCGGCCCGUGCCGGUGCACAGCAGAGCCAGACGGCGAGCGUGAAGCCGGAUCAGACAUCGAAGAAGAUGUCCGAUAGCUACUACAGCGCUGUCCUGCCUUUGGCGCAAGAUAAGUGGCUCCUAGAUACGUAUCUUAAUGCUUCUGGACAUAUCAGACUCGGGUCCCUGCUUAUGGACUUGGAUGCUCUCGCCGGUGUCAUUGCAUACCGACAUACAGGUGAUGGGGUUAGCACCGUCACUGCUGCUGUGGACCGUAUCACCAUCGAACACCCGCUGAUGGAAAUCUGUGACCUCGAGCUUAGUGGGCAAGUCACCUACGCUACUGGACGGUCUAGUAUGGAAGUGUCGCUGCAAGUGUCCAAGAUGCUUCCGGAGGGUCAGGCUGCUACGCCGGAGGACGUGUUGAUCACUUGUGCGUUUACGAUGGUGUCACUGGACCCGGCAACGAAGAAACCUGCCUCUGUAGCACCGCUUAUUGUCGAAACGGAAGAGGAGAAGCGUCUGUUCAAGAAAGGCGAGGAGAACUACAAGGCCAAGAAGGCGCUGCGAACUCGCAGCCUGCUUGAAAAAGCCCCGGACGAUGAGGAGAGCAACCUGAUCCACUCGAUGUGGACUAAGGAGAUGUCAUAUCUGAACCCGCAAUCCCCCGCAACGCGACCAACAAACCAAGUCUUCAUGAGCGACACAGUCCUCAAAUCCGCAAUGAUCAUGCAGCCCCAAGACCGCAACCGUCACAACUUCAUGAUCUUCGGCGGCUUCCUGCUCAAGCAAACAUUCGAGCUAGCAUUCUGCUGCGCAGCCUCGUUCGCCCACGCGCGACCCAACUUCGUCGCGCUGGACCCAAGUACCUUCGAGAACCCGGUCCCCGUCGGCAGCGUGCUGUACCUGCGCGCAACGGUGGCGUAUACUGAGCCGGAGGAGCGUGAAUCCGGUGGUGGUCGGUACACCAAGGUGCAGGUGCGGGUUGACUCAAAGGUGCGUGAUGUCGAGCACGGGACUAAGAAGUCGACGGGCAUGUUCAACUAUACGUUUUUGGUGGAGAAGGAUGUCCACGUUAUGCCUAAGGGAUAUGGAGAGUUCAUGCUGUGGGCUGAUGCGCGUCGCCGCGCUCUCAAUGCUGCUGCGAUUGAUCCGGCACAUAAAACUAGUGCUCUGCGAAGUAUCCAGGAUAGCGUGACGGAGUAA